GUGGCGCAUAUGUACCUGGUGCCCUUUUGUACCAAUAUAUAUGUGUUUAAAUAAAUAAAUAAUAAAUAAAUAACAUACUACGAACCGACGAGUAUAUACAGAGAGAGAUUGUCGUGGUUUGUGGCCCUCAAAGUAACCUUUUUAUUGAUAAUCAGAUCAAACAACACGUUUAUGCAAACAUUACAGACCCGUGUAAACGUCGCAAAUCGGUUUCGGUCACUUAUAUUUUCCGAUAGAUCAAUAUGUUUUAAAGUAUAUAUGGUUGAAAUUCGCCGGUAGUCAGAUACUAGAUCUAGGUGGUCUUUUAGAAGUAUUUGAAAAAGAUCGGUUGUAAAGGAAGACAUAAUCAUUGUAUUGAAUUGCACAAAAAAGUUAUGCCUGUCAAAUCCGAUAUGAAGGAUAAAACAGCACAAUCAGAUAUAAAAGAUAAAUCGAAAAAAGGGAGAUAUAGUUUAAAAAGAUUGUUAGAUCGAAGUCGAUUUUCACCCAGCUUAUUAUUUUUGUCAAAAUCUAAUACAAGCAAAUCAACUGAUACAUCCAAUGAACAACGUAAAUCUGUCCAUGAUGAUAUGAUGGACAUCAAUGUGAAUGUUGAAAAUUCACCGUCUUCAUCACCACAUUCCUAUUCACCGAAUUUCGGAAGACGUUUAACAGCUUCUGUACCAUUUGAUUGUGCUUCCAAUUCGCCCAUAAUUACCAGUACCGCUUUUCGAAAUCCAACUUAUAGCAGUGAUCAUGCAAGUCCCAAUUCAGAAUUUAUUGUUGAGGAAGAAUAUGAAGAAUCUUUGGCAAAUUUCGCUGAUACGAUACUGGAUGGACUGAAAGCUCGUUCAAAUCCCUGUUCUAGAAAAUCACCAGAUACAUUUUCAGCUUGGUCUGAUGCUGCUUUACCUGUUGGAAAUAUUAUAGUACCUAUGCAUUGUGGAUCUAUACCAUUUAGUGGAAGCAGUGUUGAUUCACAUCGUCAACAUCAGCACCAUAAUCAACAAUAUCAUGAAAUAUCUGACAGUGUUGUUGUUACACCACCACUACUGACUAAUUUCGAUCCAUGUAAUAAAUCAUUAAAUAAUAAUUAUAAUAAUGUUAAUAAUACUUUGAAUAACAUAAAUCCUACUGGAAUAUACAACGAACCAUGUGAUGCUAAAUCGUCACUAUUAAAUGAACCAAUUACAAUUUAUACAACUAGAAGUGUUAUCAUGAAAAAUACACCUGUAGAAUGUAAUCUCUUGGAGAACAGUUCAUGCAAUUAUGAUAGCGGCAACACCAACUAUUCCGAUCAUCAUUCUAAUUACCAUUGUACAAAUAUUAAUGAUAUUGUCGAUUCUCGGAAGACAUUAAUAACAAAUAUGACUGCUAGUCCAAUUCAUCUUCAUCAUCAAUCUAUAAAUACUAAAUCUGAAUCAAUUCAAUGUAAAGAUGGUAAUAGUCAUUCUGUUUCACCAUUGUUUUCAAUUAACAAUAAUAGUAAUAAUGGUGAAACUAAUACAGUCAGCAAUGCAAUUAGUAUUCAAUCGAAAAAUAACAGUACUUCACUGUCAAAUGUUUGUUUUGCCAAUUCUCCACGUGGUAAUACUGUUAUUACACAUCAUCCAGCCAGUCCUUUUGCACGUGUUCCUCGUGGUGUAGUUGGAAAAAAUGAGGUUAAUGUUAAGACCCCUAUUCAGUCAACAAAAUCAUCGGUAUCCAUGUCUAAUGUCUGCACAACUUCUACCGUUACCACCCAUACAACUGCAUGCAUUGAUAAUUUUUCUACUAAUCAAAAUAUUCCUGUAGCUGGUAUUUCUGCAACAGAAGGUUCAUCUUGUGUUUCGACUCAACUUCAGUUAGAUUCUUCUGAUUGUUCUCUACAAAAACAGUCUGUUCAUGUCAACGGUAAUCAGCAGAUAAAUUCUAUUUCCAGUGAAUCAAAUCAAUCGAUAAACUUGUCUAAGACAAAUUCUGCGGAUUCACAAAGUUUAAUGAAUAAUAAAGUAAAUAAUUCACAAGGAAUCGGUCGUAGACGUUCUAAUGUACCCAAUUCUUAUCCAACUUAUGAAGAAGCUUGGGAUUUAAAACUAGCUCGUCAACUUGGUAUCGGUGUAUCACGUCUGCCAUCAAUUAUUCCGCUAUCAUCAAAUGUUCAAAAUCACAUUCCACAACUUCCUUUUUCUGUACCUUCCAAUGCUUCUACAAAUAAUCAUGAUUUAAAUAUCCCAUUAUCUCCCGUUUCUGUUUAUAAUAGAAAUAUUAUUAGAAAUAAUAAUCCAAAUUUUUCACCGCUUCAGCCUUUGCCAUUGGAUAAUAAUAAUAAUAAUAAUAAUAAUAAUAAUAAUAAUAAUAAUAAUAAUAAUAAUAAUAUACAAUGUUCAACUGAUGAUUGUCAUUCUAUUGAGUCGAAUUUGAAAUUGUUGAAUAUUUCAACAUCGACAUCCUCUUCGUUAUCUUCUUCUGCUUCUUCUUGUUCAAAUGAUAAGCUCAUAAAUUCAACUAGUAAUUCUGAAUUAACAUCAGUAAUCACCACUACCAAUCAUGUGGAUGAACCAAAUCGUGCAGAUCAUGUGAUAGAUACGAGACUAGUACAUUUGAAUAAAUUGGAUCGAAAAUCAACUAAUGAUAUAAAUGGUUCAUUUCGUCAUGAUGAACUAAUUAGCAAUCAUACUAGUCAUAUGGUGUUAAGUGGAAAAUCAGAAAACAACGGUGAAUAUGAUUACGCUUAUAAUGGUUCGUGGAGUAUGGGUGUCAAACUCAGUUUAGAUCUAACCAUCAAUAAUUCAUCAAAUGAUACAUCUUUACUACCAAAUAUACCAAAAUAUAGUAACGCAUCAACAACACCUACAACAACAAUGAUUAAAACGGUAAAGUCAAGUUUAAAUCAUCCUCCGCCUUCAUCACAUCAUCAACAUCCAAAUUACCAUCAUCAGCUUAUGCAACAUGGUUUAUCUUCUUCUGGUCAGUUACAGGAGUCUAGUAAAUUCAUUUCAAUUAAAAAUACUAAUGGUAAUGAUUUGAAAUUGAAUUUGACUACUCGUCCUGUACAAUCAGUUUUAUCUAAUGAUAUCGAUAGUAUUUCUACAAGUAGUUGUGAUGACUCUUGGGAUGCCCAACAUGGUCGAUUAGUUUCUAAGUUAAUGAGUGGACGUUUUAUAGAUCCUAGUUCUAUUGUUUCAACCACUGGUAAAUCUGGAAAUGCGACAACAACUACUACAAUAAUGGAAGUGAAUAAUGAUUUCUUGACUUCUGAAAUUUGUAAUUCUUCUGCAACCAAUAUGCUUACAGUUCCUAACCUGUCUUCAGCCUCCUCAUCAUGCGCGUCUUCUUCCUCCUCCUCCUCUUCGUCGUCGUCAUCAGUAUCAAUGACCUCACAUAUAGUAGUAACGUCAGUCGCUCCCCCUUCUCAUUGUACCAGUUCUAUGAUACAGGUGUUUGAUCAGUUACCUUCAUCUAAUGUUAAUUUACAUCAUUCAAUGAAUCCAGUUAGUAAGAAUAAAUUGUUAUCUAGUCAAAAUAGCCUACCGAAGGGUUUACCUCCUCAUUUGGAAACAUUGCCACUCGAAGAACAACCAUGGUUUCAUCCGUUAUUAACGAGGUCAGAAGCUGAAGAAUUAAUACGCAAUGAACCAGAAGGUAGUUUUCUUGUUCGUCCCAGUGAAACAUGUCCUAAUGAUUUUUCGUUAACUAUUAAACAUAAAUCCUUCUUACAUAUGAAAAUUACACGAAAUAGUACUGGUCAAUUUAUUCUAGGAGAAUAUAGUCAACCGUAUGCAAGUGUUUCACAAAUGAUUUAUCAUUAUGCACGAACACUUGUUCCAGUACUUGGUGCCUAUUCAGUUACACUGACACAUCCUGUAUGUAAACGUAUCUAAUCAUCUUAUUCUGUUAUUAAUUCUAUUGUUCAUCUCACCACUGCUGAAUCCUGAUACAAUGACUCUGGCUACUCCGUCAGUUUUUCUUGCCUUGUGACUUUAGUCUGCUGCUCCUUCUAUCACUACUACCGCUUUAUUUGUUUAAGAGUUUGGUGCUAUCAAUCUUUUAUCAGUCGCUCACGUCUCUUUUUUGUGUACUGUUUUGUUAUUCCUUCUCUUCACUGAUCCUCAGCUGAUUAUCACGUUUUCUGUUUAUUUUCUUACUAUUCCAUAUCACAUCAGCUUUCCAUACUAGUUAGCGCCCGCUGAAUUGCGUUUAUUUCAUUUUCGCCCUUUAUUUUUGUUAUAUAUUUAUUCUUCGUAUAAUAUGCAUCCGUGUAUGUCUGUGUGUAAGGUAGUAUAUACAUGUAUUUAGUGUAUUUUUUCUCGUUAUCAAUGUACAACUUUUCUUCAUCAUCAUCGUCUGCCACUUCUACCCACCGUACUGGGGAGUUUUUCAUACAAUCAUGUUUACCUUUAUGAUUUCAUUCUUGCAAACUAUAACAUUGUCUUUCUGUAAACAUUUCAAGGAAAUGCUUCUGUUGCUCUGUUUUGUAUUUUGUUUUCUUUGCAGCUGACUCAUUUCCUGGGAACAGUCAUAAUAAAGUUAGCAAAUAACAUCUUCCUUCAUAAUUCCACCGCCUACAUUCUCUUAUUAUGAUUAUUGCCUUGGUGCUAUAAUAACAUUUCCAAUUUUCGCUUCUAUCCUAUUGCUUACCUUUGUUUUCUCUUUUUAUUUAAGCAAUUCUACAAAAUGUAAUUUGCAUUCAAUUCUAAUUUUUUUCCUUAUAUCUGUACAUCUCAUUUUCCUUCAACAAUAACAGUUACUACUACUAUUAAUGAGUAAUAAGUAGUAUGAAUAGUUAUUCGAGAAACGUCUCACAUGUUUACCAGUUGAUGUUAUUCUUCACAACUACAUAUAUAUUUUUUAUUACAUCCCUGGAAAGAUUAUUAAGCUUUUUCUAUAACUAAUGUUCGGUGAAGAGCAAACAUCAUCUUUAUCCUUCAAUUUAUACACCACUCUAGGUGAUUUUGAGAGAGAUGAACACAAUUAACACGAUUUACUUUUUUUUAAUCAUUGAACAUAAUCUGUUGUUUCACAGUAUUUAACAGUAUUUAUUAUUACUAUAUAAGUUCAAAAUCCAUCACUGUUGCCAUUUAUAUACGAUUUAUCUUCUAUAUUAUAUAGUAUCUAUGAUUAUAAUUGAAACCUAUCACGUUUAUUAUUAUUACUAUCUACUAUAUGAGAUUUUUUUGUUAUUUUAAAUCUAUAAAUUGUGUUGAAUAGUCUUGGAUCA